AUCAACCACAGCAAAUAACAAGCCUUGCUAAACUAAGCAAAGCCAACAAAAGCACAACAUGUCAACUAAACCAUUAUGGUACCGAUGGGCUAGAGUAUACUUUGCCGGAGGAUGUAUUAUUGGAACCGGGGUUCUUCUUUACAACACAAUCAGACCUAGUGAAGAGGAUUUAAUUGCUUCCUUCUCACCCGAAGUUCGUCGAGACUAUGAACGUAACAAGGCAUUACGGGAAUUGGAACAGCAAAGAUUGAUGGAAAUUGUGAAACAAACUGCUAAGCUGGAUGAACCAAUUUGGAAAACUGGUCCUAUCGGGUCCCCGUUUGAGAAGGAUCAACGUAAUUUAGGUCAACAGUUGGUGGAUUACGAAGGAGUAAGAAGAGAUCAAGCAUUAGACGAACUGAAAGAGGAAGUUGAAAGAGCUAAAGCUGAAAUGCGUGAAGCUGAAGCUUUGAUAAGUGGAGGAGAAAAGAAAAAGUGGUGGUGGUGGUGGUGGAAAUAAACACUGCUACUUAUAAAUGUUCUAUUAUUCCCUGUAAAUAGUAAUAUACAUAUAUUAUCUGCCCCAAAAUCCUCUAUCUCGUGACAAUGACAGCAAUAUGGAUGCACCUGCAUUGGUACCUCCAUUUUUCUGACUAUUUGCUUCAUCAACUGCAGCUACUAUUCUACUGAUAUUGGUAUCAAUGACCAUACCACCUUGCACAAUUUCCUCUAAUACAGUUUGAAGAACUUGCCAUCCAAAUACUAAAUCCAAUUCACAAACAUUGGUGAAACAUUUAUCUAAACAUUCAACAAACACUUGGAUCAAAUCGAGGAUCCCCAAUUCUGAUUCUUGAUCAUCGACAAUAAACACAAAGUAAAGAGUAGCAUAAUGACGAUAAAUCACUUUGAUGUCCUCCACAUCUUCAAGAAGUGAUGGUGGGGUUAUAAACGAACAUUCUUGUGGUGUUCGAACAGAUAUCAAUUGGUGGACUUGUUGAAGGAGAAGUCGUUGGGUGGGGAUGUCCACCUGGGUAUAGAACUUCAUUAGACGCGGCAAUCCGUCAUUAUUAA